AUGCCACCACGGCCAAACUCGAGGGCAUUGCUUGCUCGCAACCCCGUGCCGAAUCACCUGCUUAGAGCUUUCCUACAACUCCCUCCAAGCUGUCGCGCUUUUCACGCUUCACCACGACCUCAAUUCCUAGAAACAGUCAUCUCGCCCGCUCAUGCCCUUUUCGAGGGCAUUCAUUCCGUGACUGGCCUGCCGUGGGCGUUUGCCAUUCCACUCACAGCUCUUACUGUUAGAACAAUCCUUGUCCUCCCGCUCACCAUAUACACACGUCGCAUACUCCAGAAACAAGCCGAGCUUGCCCCAGUCGUCCAGGCAUGGAUACCUCGAUUGCAGAAAGAAGCGAGGACUGAAGCUGGGCACAUGGGUCCUGUGGCAGCACAGGCAGUGAUGUUGAAGAAAAUAAGACGGAAGACGAUUGAGGUUUAUGGGCGAUGGGGCUGUCAAAGAUACAAGAACUACCUCGUACCACUUCUGCAGCUUCCCAUAUUCUUGACCGCUAUGGAGUGUCUACGAAUGAUGUCCGGAUACAACUCGGGUCUUUUAAGCAUAAUAGCUACAAGCUUAGGGGGUGAUGCGGUGGCUCUUGUCGAUGUUGAAAAAGGACUCACGUCUUGGUUCACGCCGAGUCUGGCAACAGAAGGUGAUUUAUGGUUUCCAGAUCUUACAAAGCCGGAUCCUGAAUUACGCUUGCCUUUCAUAUUCUCAGGAGUAAUGCUCCUGGAUGUCAUGUUUUGGAAUAGAAAAGGCCACACGCCAUCGAAAUGGUCAACCAGGGGUAGGAGGACUCUAGGAAUAAUGGCAUUGGCCGCUGGACCGCUGCUACUUAAUCUUCCUUCUUCAAUGCUUUUAUAUUGGAUCUCCUCUAGUAUAUUUGCAAAGGGUCAAGCUUUCUUGCUGAACAAGCUGAUGCCACUGAAGAUCGUCGCGCCUUGCAAGCCUAAGAAGCCCUUGCGAAUCGGAACAGCUAUGACGAAGUUCUGA